AUGGCAUACCUCCAUUCACUUCUGCUUAUCACUACCCUGGCUGUCCGAGGCAGCCAGGCUGCAUCCGACUGCCCAGACUCUGUUCAAAACAAGACAAUUGCCUACUUCAACAGUGCUCCUAUGACUUUUAGUUAUGAACUCGCAACUGCUUCGGACUGCCAGAAAUGGUGCGAGAAACUCCCGGCAUGCCAGGCAUGGAUCUAUGUUGAGCAGUCGAAUCAAUGUGAUCUUCAUCGCACACCGGCGUUAAGCGUCUCAGACAAUGCAGGCUUCAUCUUUGGUGGAUGCAUGCCGGACGCUGUCAACGCAUCUACCAAGCUCGCUCCUACUCCAACGCCCUCGUUGCACCCCUCCUUGCUCCGUACACCGGCAGCUUCAGAUACCGUUGCUUCGAUCCACACCAAGCGCGAUCUUUUCCGCCAUAAACACAAACAUCGCCACUGA